AAAGUGAAAACCUUAGAGAGAGAGAGAGAGAGAGAGAGAAAUGGAGAAGAUGAAAAUAGAAGAAGUUCAGUCGACGACGAAGAAACAGCGUGUUGCUACCCACACUCACAUCAAAGGCCUAGGUCUUGAGGCAAGUGGAAGAGCAUUGCCUUUUGCUGCUGGUUUUGUGGGACAAGCAGAGGCAAGAGAAGCGUCGGGUCUUGUGGUUGACAUGAUACGCCAGAAGAAGAUGGCUGGCCGGGCACUCCUUCUCGCCGGACCGCCCGGAACCGGCAAGACUGCUUUAGCUCUUGGGAUAAGUCAGGAGCUUGGAACAAAGGUUCCGUUCUGCCCAAUGGUUGGCUCGGAAGUAUACUCAUCAGAGGUAAAGAAGACUGAGGUCCUUAUGGAAAAUUUUCGACGGGCUAUUGGCUUACGUAUCAAGGAAAAUAAGGAAGUAUAUGAAGGAGAGGUAACUGAGCUCUCUCCAGAAGAAACCGAGAGCGUAACAGGUGGUUAUGGUAAAAGUAUUAGCCAUGUGAUAAUUGGAUUGAAGACGGUGAAAGGAACCAAGCAACUGAAGUUGGAUCCCACUAUAUAUGAUGCUUUGAUUAAGGAAAAGGUAGCUGUAGGGGAUGUUAUAUAUAUUGAGGCAAAUAGUGGGGCUGUGAAAAGGGUGGGCCGAAGUGAUGCUUUUGCUACAGAGUUUGACCUUGAAGCAGAGGAGUAUGUUCCACUUCCUAAGGGAGAGGUUCACAAAAAAAAGGAGAUUGUUCAGGAUGUAACCCUACAUGAUCUGGAUGCUGCCAAUGCACGACCUCAAGGUGGGCAAGAUAUUCUGUCUCUUAUGGGUCAGAUGAUGAAACCCAGGAAAACUGAAAUCACUGACAAGUUGAGACAAGAAAUUAACAAGGUUGUCAACCGAUAUAUUGAUGAAGGUGUAGCAGAGCUUGUCCCUGGAGUUUUGUUUAUUGAUGAGGUGCAUAUGUUAGAUAUGGAGUGUUUUUCCUAUUUGAAUCGUGCUUUAGAGAGCUCACUAUCUCCAAUAGUAAUCUUUGCUACAAAUAGAGGAAUAUGCAACGUAAGAGGGACUGAUAUGACCAGUCCUCAUGGCAUACCAGUUGACCUAUUGGAUCGGUUGGUCAUCAUUCGAACACAGACCUACGGUCCUGCUGAAAUGAUACAGAUUCUAGCUAUCCGUGCACAAGUAGAGGAACUGGUUGUGGAUGAGGAAAGUUUAGCUUUCCUUGGGGAGAUUGGACAACGGACAUCUUUAAGGCAUGCGGUUCAGCUUUUAUCACCUGCAAGCAUUGUUGCAAAAAUGAAUGGCCGAGACAACAUCUGCAAGGCGGAUCUCGACGAAGUUUGUUCACUCUAUCUAGAUGCCAAGUCAUCAGCCAAGCUACUUCAAGAGCAGCAGGAAAAAUACAUCUCAUAAUAUUAUUUUCAAACCGUUGCAAAGGCUAUUGCUUGGGUUUGAAUUAGAACUGGUUUCCUUGUUGCUUCUCUACUUUGUCUCCUGCAUGGCUGGGGUAAUUGGUUCAAAGAAAACAUCCGGAUAUUAUUGAUGGUAGCAGGAACCUGAGAUAGAGAACCUGACUCGUUGGAUUGGAUAACAUUAUGGCAUGGUUAAAGUGUGCAGUAAUAUGUUGCUGAAUUCAUGAUUUUGGGAUUAUUUUUCAUCAUAUUUUUACAACUGGAAACGGAAAGGCAACAUGGAAAAUGUAAUGAGGUGGAUUAUUUACUAUAUGUUUUCCCUUUUGUUUUUUCUUUUGCUUUUCUAAAUCUAGUUUUGUUUAUAAUGAUCUU